AGGCUCAAGCAUGUAAUCAUUAUUCAAGAGACAUCAUAACGCAAAGCACAAAGUCUUUGCUAAACACGAACAGAAAACAUUCAGUGAUAGUGAGGGAAUAUAAGUAGAACCAUUAUAUACUGAUAACGUUGUGAAUGAAGAAGCAUAUUUUAUAAAAUGUGGUCUUUGAAAUCGUGGUUCUUCAAUGAAAUGUGUACGAGCAAAGCACGUCUUGAUGGCAAAACUGUUGUAAUAACAGGGGCAAGUAGUGGUCUCGGCAUGGAAACUGCUAGAGAUUUAUAUGCUAGAGGGGCUAGAAUAAUUUUAGCUUGUAGAAAUAUGGAAAAAACAAAUAAAGCAAUUGAAGAUAUAAAGAAUAAUCCACCCUCAUGGGUCAAAAAAGAUCAAUAUAAAAAUAAUGUAGGUGAACUUGUAAUUUAUUUUCUGGAUCUACGUAGUUUGAAGAGCGUAAGAGAGUGCGCUAAAAAUUUGCUAAUUAACGAACCGGCUAUACAUAUACUUAUAAAUAAUGCCGGUGUGGCUGCGUAUCCGUAUGAAAAAACAGAAGAUGGAAAUCAAAUGACACUACAAGUUAACCAUCUUGGCCAUUUUCUUUUAACACUUUUGCUUUUGCCAAAAAUGCAAUUGUCUGGUCCUAAUUGCAGAAUAGUCAAUGUCGCGUCACUUGCAUAUAUUUGCGUUGAUUUAGAUUUUGAUGAUAUUAAUAUGGAGAAAUCUUAUUCACCAGUUAAAAGUUACGCACAAAGCAAAUUGGCGAACAUUUUAUUCACCAAGGCACUCGCUCAACGAUUAAAAGAAGCAAAUAUUCACGGGAUAAAUGUGUACGUUUUACAUCCUGGAAUUAUAGAUACCGAAAUAAACCGUUAUGGCGAUAAUACACUAUUUCCAGGUGCAACUUUUCUUCAUGGUUUGUAUGCGCGAUUAUUUUGUAAAAAUGUUGUACAGGGAGCGCAAACGUUAAUAUAUUGUUCAGUGGCUGAAGAGAUAGCUAAUGAAACUGGACUUUAUUAUUCAAACUGCAGUGUUGCUACUACAUAUCGAAAGGCAAAUGAUCAUCAGUAUGCUGAAAAAUUGUGGGAUGUAUCUUGUCGUCUUUUGGAUUUGGAACCGAAAGAGGAUUUUAACAUAUUUUUGGAAACAGUUUCACGCCAAAUGCUUUAAAAAUAUUUCUUUAUUCUUAAAUGAUUUAUUGCAAAAAUUUUUAAAUAAUAUGUAAUUUUUAUAUUUCAAUUUUUAAUCAAUAAUGUUCUCUAAAAUUGUAUAUAACUGUGGACGUAAGUACAUCUAUAUAAGCAAAUUUAUAAUAAAUUCUUUACAUUAGUAAAUUGUAAAAUUUGCAAUAAGUAAAUUACUUUUAUUUGCACUCUGAGGCACAAAUUGGCACUUUUUUAAUAUUCUUCUUUUAAUUUUCAUCUGUGAUAUUAUUUUCUAAAAUUUAAGUUAUAAUGAUAAUUAUAUAUACAUUAUAACAUAUCAUAUUAUUAUAAUUUAUUGCAUUAAUUACAAAUUAUAAUUAAUGUGCAUAAUUUAUUACAAGAUUUCAAUUCGACAGUCGACAGAUUUCGUCAGUCUUGAAACACAGUUACUAAGCUAAAUAUCGAUGCUUACGAACAUCUUAAAAUAUAAAUUUAUAGUUUUCGAGGAUAGGGAGGAUUUUAAGAUGCUCGUAAGCAUCGAUAUUUAGUAAUUGUGUUAAUACGAGCUAAGAAUAUUAAAUUAAUGAAAAAAUUUAUCAUAUUUAUCGCCAAGAUCCGAUGUAGACCCGUAUAGGAACCUAUUUUAUUCAUAUGUUAAAAAAAAAUCAUGUUUAAUUGCUGAUUUAAUCUCAUCAAUAAUAAAAUAAAUAACUUUGAUCUCAAGUGAAGAGUACGAUCCAUAAAUCCAAUAUAAGGCGUUUUAAUAAAUGAUGAUAUUUUCGUGUUCAACGUAGGCGAAUCGGGCGAGUAUCUCGUGGUGCCAGCGAGCAGCAUCGACGAGAGUGGAAACGAGUGCGACAAAGCGGGUGUGGGAUUCGCGGCGUUCGCGAGGCAACCGGACCGGUGUAGACGUGUCAGGGGAACCUGUUUGAAAAAUCAGCCCCUGGCCUACCGUAGGCGCGACGCAUGCAAUUACUGAAUCGUCUGGGAGGACUAGUGGCCACUAGGAGGAUAAAGAUACGGAAAAUGGAUCGUUGCACUUGCAUGUUGCACUGCCUGUGCGUGUGUGAGAGUGAGGCGCGUGGCACAGACUGCAGACCGAUGUCACCGGAGCUUUAUCGCGCCGCUGGAUUUCGCGGUCCUGUUCCUGCAGCCACCCGUGAAAUUUUCACAAAAACCAUGAACAUUCUAUGCCUCAUCGUUUCAUCGAUACUACUCUUGCUUUUCAUAGGUCAGCAAUUAUAUAGCUGUGUUUCACUUAACAGCUUUCAAAUCUAUCUAAUGAUCUUCGAAGACAUAUUUCCAUUUACGAUUUUGUAUAUACAUUUUUUUAAUGUACAAC